UGCUUUAGCUUCCAUCGUCGUUUCGAGGCUCCAAUUGCUUGCGUUCGUCGACGCAGCUCUCCGGCGUCGUUUUGCUUGAUUUGCAUUUCAGUUUCUGUCAUUGGCACUAAUGGACCUAGCACUAAUGGACCCUUAUGGGACAAAUCCUGGACCAAUUGAUGGUUCAGUGCUUUAUGAUCAGGAGAAGCAUGUGUCUUCAGCAGUUUGGGAUGGACAGGAGCGUGGUGCACUUAGAUGUCAUGAACACACUUCGAAGCUUGAUCAAUGGACACUCACGGAAAAGCAGAUUGAGUUCGUAGAUCAGGCUGGAUUUGGUUAUUUAAGAUUGAUUCCUGCAAUUAGUCUAGAUAACCCACUCAUUUCUGCCCUAGUCGAAAGGUGGAGGAGAGAAACAAACACUUUUCACUUGAAUGUUGGAGAAAUGACAGUAACUCUUAAAGAUGUUGCGCUAUUGCUUGGACUAGCUAUUGAUGGAGAACCUGUUAUUGGAAUAACGCAUACCACCUGCAACUCCGUUUGUGAGAGGUAUCUUGGAAGAGCACCAGAGUCUAGUUAUACUAGUGGUGGAAUGGUGAAGCUAAGCUGGUUGAAAGAGUUCUUUUCCUAUUGUCCUGAAGAUGCACCACUUGAAGUGAUUGAGUGCCAUACACGUGCUUACCUCUUAUACCUUGUUGGAAGUACAAUAUUUUCCACUACCACUGGGAAUAAAGUCCCUGUCAUGUACCUUCCAUUGUUUGAGAAUUUUGACCUAUGUGGGAAAUAUGCCUGGGGGUCAGCAGCUUUGGCAUUCUUGUACAGGGCACUUGGCAAUGCCUCACUGAGAUCUCAAAGUACAAUUAGUGGCUGUUUAACACUACUACAGUGCUGGAGUUACUUUCACCUGAAUAUUGGACGACCAAAGCUCAACACUGAUUCAAUGCAUGAUCGUUUCCCUUUGGUGCUUAGCUGGAAGGGAAAACAAAGUGGGCCAACAACAAACCGUGAUGUAGUGUUUUACCGUAAAGCUCUGGAUUCGCUGAAAUCAUGCGACGUGGAGUGGCUUCCUUAUAGAAAUAUGGACAGUACAGUGAUUCCAGAAGAUAUCAAGAGCAAUCUAAUUUUAGGGAGGUCAAAAACAAUGCUAAUAUGCUUUGACAAGGCAGAAAGGCAUCUCCCAAAUCGUUGCCUAAGGCAAUAUGGCAUGUUUCAGUCAAUCCCAGAGGAUGUACAGCGAUGGGAGAGAAAGAGUCGUGGAGUUGAUGGCGGGGUUGACUUGUCGGGUAAAAUGGAGUCAGAGAUUAAUGAAUGGUUGGAACGUCGAUUUCAUAUUGUGGAAGGUGAUGAUGGUGCAGAUGAAAGUGAUUAUAUGCAGUGGUACCUGAGAAUUACGCGUAAGUUUGUAGGGAGGCCUAUAUCUCUCUCGUCUGAGUUUCAAAGAACGAAUGCCGGUUUGAGGGAGAUCGCACGCAUGGCAGAUACAUUCUCAACAAAUGGGUUGGACGAGGAACAAGUUGACUUAAUUAGUAGUAUCAGGACUAUUGCGCAUGAAUGUUUGAGGGACCAGGUUGGCGGUCCGUACAUAGUGUCAGCCACCCCACAAAUCGAAGUUGGGAAAAGGAUAAGAGGGAAGGAGAGGGUGAGAAGGAAAGGUACGGGAAAACGUUUGCGGAAGGAUGAUCCAGCACAAUAUAUUGCUGCUAGUGAGGAUGAUCAGUCUCAGUAUUGUGGUGCCACUGUCAGGGUUGAGCAGUUACCAUUACAUCAACUACAUAGAGAGGAAGAUCAUUCACAGCUGUGUCCUGUUGAUAACGAGGUGACUGGUUUGGAUAUGAUCAAUGGAGAUGGUGAGGGUGAGAAUAUGCAGCUAUGCAAUGCUGACAUUGGGUUUGAUCAUUCAGAGCUAAGCCAUGAGGCUGGUGGGGAAGGUAAUGCUGAGCUAAUCCAUGCUGUUGUCAAGGUUGAUGACACACAGCUCUUUGAAGCAACCGGAAAGAUCAACGACUCACAACUUUGUGAUGUCAUGAACGAAGUCAAGGACUCACAGUUUUCUGAUUCAGCUAAGGUGGUUGAUUCACAGAUUUGUGAUGCAACUAACGAGGUCGGUGACUCAGCGCUUCCUCAUGUUACCAGUGAGAGUGAUCGACAAACAUCUAAAGUGGAAGCAGAGGUUGUUCCAGAGUCUUCUCUUGAAACUCCUCAGGAUAUUGCACAACAGAGUAAAUGUAGUGUUGUAGUAUAAAGUAAAGGUGCUGUCAUGCAAUUUUUCUGAGGCAUUGCGAGGCUAACGAUACGAAGAUGCAGCUAGAUUAGUAGUAAAGUAAAAGCUCUUAACAUGUAUAAAGGCUGUGGAUUUUUGGCUAGACAAUAAGAUACUUGUGAUCAUGUUGAUUAGUGUACUGUUUUCUGCUGUAACAUUUCACGUUUUAUUGCAUCUGAUCUAUUUUGGUAACGUCUUCUUUAGUU